ACUAAUGAGCGGGGGAACGGCCCUGGAGGGGAGAUCAGAGCCCGUACCUACGGUGGGAGUCCGUGAGGUGUCGACUGAACAAGAGCACAAGCUUCAUUACGCUGAUUAAUUAGAGCUUUUACCCACGCCUGGAGCUGUGAGCGCACCGGUGCGCGGCCCCUCGGCAGCCCCCCGAGUGCUGGACACACCCGCAGACAGACAGGCGGUGGUCCCUGGCUCCCACAGAGAGGCACCAUGCGGAGCUCAGAGCCUUCAGGGAGGGGCUCGGAGCCGGACCCCGCAGACACGGACUGCGAGGCCCCCCGCGCAGGAGGCUCCCGGGCGCGUUUCCGCCGCUGCUCCCCCGACCUUUUCUGUCCCUUUUUGGCCACCGUUAGCCCGGCCCAUGGGGGCGGAGCUCCCGCCCACGCGGAAGGGCCCGACCGGGACCACGUGGUGCGGGACCACGUGUUGGCAGUGUCAUGGCGUCGGCGCCCAAGAGGUUCAAGGCGGCGGUCGAGAGCGGCGCCCAGGGCAAGAGUAGUGCCGAGCCCCUCUCCGGGUUCCUGGCGUGGUGCGGGCGGGCCGGGGUGGAGCUGAACCCCAAGGUCCGCCUGAGCAGGGAGGGCGCGGUGGCGGGGUACGGCAUGCUGGCCGCCGAGGAGCUGCAGCCGGGGGAGCUGCUGUUCACCAUCCCUCGCACGGCGCUGCUGUCCCAGCACACCACCUCCAUCCACGCGCUCCUGCAGGAAGCCCAGGAGUCCCUGCAGAGCCAGUCUGGUUGGGUCCCUCUCCUGCUGGCCUUGCUCCACGAGUACACAGCCAGCAACUCCCACUGGCAGCCGUACUUCUCCCUCUGGCAGGGCUUCCGGAGCCUGGACCACCCCAUGUUCUGGCCUCAAGAAGAGCGAAUAAGGCUCCUGCAGGGCACAGGCAUCCCAGAAGCUGUGGACAAGGAUCUAGCUAACAUCCAGCUGGAGUACAACUCCAUCAUCUUGCCUUUCAUGGAGACCCACCCCGACAUCUUUGACCCCAAACUGCACACUCUGGAGUUGUAUAAGGAGCUGGUGGCAUUUGUCAUGGCUUACAGCUUUCAGGAACCUUUGGAGGAGGAAGAAGAAGAUGAGAAGGGGCCCAAUCCUCCCAUGAUGGUGCCUGUAGCAGAUAUUUUGAAUCACGUGGCCAACCACAAUGCCAACCUGGAAUACUCUCCACAGUGUCUGAGGAUGGUUACAACGCAGCCCGUGAGGAAAGGACAGGAGAUCUUCAACACGUACGGGCAGAUGGCCAACUGGCAGCUGCUGCACAUGUACGGCUUCGCAGAGCCCUACCCCGGCAACAGCCACGACACGGCCGACAUCCAGAUGGUGACACUGCGCAGGGCGGCGCUGCAGCGUGCCAAAAGUGAAGCGCAGCAGCAGCUGGUCUCAGAGCAGUGGGACUUCUUGUGCCAGCUGGAGAUGGUGGGGGAGGAAGGUGCCUUUGUGCUUGGCUGGGAUGAGGUGCUGACAGAGGAAGAGCUGUCCAUGACCCUCAAGGUGCUCUGCAUGUCAGAAGAAGAAUUCAAGGAGUAUAAAGAGCAAGAUGGCUGGGAAGAUGACAGUGACGAAGAGGAAAACUCCACCCUUUCAAAUGAGGCCCUCUCCAGACUUAAAACCCCUUGCAAGAAGCUCCUUUAUGACAGUGUGCUGCUGACCCUGGAGUCCUAUGGGGCAGACCUGAAAGCAGAGCAGGACGUGCUAAAUAACAAGGAGGCUUACGAGAAACUGAGCCGAAGGGAGCAGCAAGCGCUGCACGUGCGCUACGGACAGAAGAGGAUCUUGCAUCAGCUGCUAGAGCUGGUUCAGUAGAAACCUCAGUGCCCCUGGCCAGGCCCUGGCUGGGGCUGAUCCUGAGGGAAAGGUCAGCCUCUGGCCAUCUCUUCUGUAGCACAGAGGACAGAUGGCAAGACUGACUGCGGGUCCACUUGUCCCUCAUACAGCACAUGGAUUUUUAGCUACCUCUACAUAAAGAAGUAUCUUCACAGCACA